AAAACCUCAAGGCCAAAUGAGGCCUAGUGAAAGCAGCGGUGCUUUAAGUAGGGCGGGGAAAGAGCCCUUGUAAGGACCCCAUCCCGGUGGUUUCUCCAGCCACAUCAGAUUGGCCGGCCAGACAGGAAGGAGGCUGGUGGCCAUGCUGGUAAGAUCUCCCAGCCAUAGAAGAAGGGUUGGGUGGCUGGAGCCGGCUGCUGCAUUCCCCACCUGGACAGCUGCUUCUGCCUUGGAUCAGCACUUCUAUUUUUCCUCCCUCCCCACACAGGCUCACAAACGGCACCCCAGCUAACAAGAUGGCUACAUGCAGUGACGAAAGCCAUGCGUGCCUUACUUCAUGUUCUGAAGCUCCAGUAACAGAAGUUCCAGCAACGGAACGUUCACGGGAUUCUUCCUCCUGUCUCAGGGUUUCGGAGUGGCCACUGAAGCGUUAUGGCCGAUUCAUGCCUGGAGCUUUGGCCACUGCCUCAGGCUCCUGGAAGGUUCUGGAGUCAGAUGAAGAAUCUGGUGUUCUUGUUCUCACUAUAGUUAUUUCAGGCCACUUCUUCAUUUCCAGAGGAAAAAAAGUACUGGAAGGUUUUUCAUUAAUUGAUGCUUCUAAGUGGUUGAAAAUAGUAAGAAAUGCAGAUUGCAUGCUGUUUGGUUCAAAGAUAAAGAACAAACAUCGUAUGUUUCGUGUUCAAUUUGCGGGAGAUUCUAAAACACAGAAAGAGGAACACUGCUAUAGCUGUGUGCAGAAACUUGAUGAGUAUGUACCUGUUCAAGUAAUGGAUGCAGCAAGACUGGAAUUGCAACAAAGUCACAGCCAGCCACUUGAAGAUGAAGAUCAAGUGAAAGAUGCUGAACAAAAUCAGCCAGUACAACACACUGUUCGUCCAGCUCAAGAAAGAGUAAUUGUGGCAAAACUAGCACAGGAUUUACUGAAGACAAAUUUUGCACUUCCCCUGGCAUAUCAGCAAUCUGCAUGGAGUGCUGAAGAUUUAGGCAGUUUUAUCCGUUUGUGUCUCUUGGAUCAGAACUUUCCAGCCUUUGUAGAAGAAGUGGAAAAGCAGCUGAAAAAAAUGACAGAAGGUUAAGAAAUAAUUAUUAGUACUAGAAAUAUAGUAUUAAAAACAGUACUUAAAAACAUACUCACGUUUCUCUUCGGAUCGUAUAAAUCGUCAGACGUAUUAAGAAUAAGUAACUCGAGCAUGAUGAUAUAGUUGAGAAGCAGACCUACAACCAGACUUCAUUUAAGAGACAUUUUCAUAAAAAGCAAAAGAGAUAAAGAGAUGAGCAGCAAAAAACCCCCACUCUUCUCCCCACAUGCAGUUAAUUUCACAGUGUGUUUUUCUCCUCGAUAGGUCUAACAUUUAAAGUUUUUUGUGGGGUGGGAAAAAAGCACUUGGAGAGGUCUGUGGGUAAACGAGAUGGGUCCUGUGCUCCUUACCUGCCUAUUUCUACCUGAUUGGGACAGGCCCACAUUUAAGCAUACAGAACUACUGCUCUUCAGUCUCAUUACUUUCUAUGUAUGUUAACAAAAGUUUCAAAAUAUUACCUGUGCUUUAAAUGAAUAGUGGAACCCCUAGACAUUGUGUUGUAUGUUAGUGUUUAUGUUUAUUAAACUGUAUUUUAUAAACCA